CAGUAACACCAACAUCACAGAUUUCGACCAAGACCAACAAAGUUGGGUGGUGCUAGUCAUAGAUAACCUAUACUUGUAACAUACAAAUGUGUUGUGUAGCUGCAGAUUAAUUAGGGGUCUGUUAAUUUGUGGUGUUGUAUCUUCAUACAUAAGUGAAAAAGAAUGAUUAAAGCCAUAUUGGUGUUCAAUAAUCAUGGAAAACCGAGAAUGUCCAAAUUUUAUCAAUAUUUCAAUGAAGAUAUGCAACAACAAAUUAUUAAAGAAACAUUUCAGUUGGUCUCGAAACGGGAUGAUAAUGUGUGCAAUUUCCUUGAAGGAGGCAGUUUGAUUGGCGGUUCAGACUAUAAACUGAUAUAUCGUCACUAUGCUACACUGUAUUUUGUAUUUUGCGUGGAUUCAUCAGAAUCGGAACUUGGAAUUCUCGAUUUAAUUCAAGUGUUUGUUGAGACGUUGGAUAAGUGUUUUGAGAAUGUAUGUGAACUUGACCUUAUCUUUCAUGUUGAUAAGGUUCAUUACAUAUUGAAUGAGCUUGUUAUGGGAGGCAUGGUACUAGAAACAAACAUGACAGAAAUCCUGACUCGGAUCGAAGAUCAGAAUAAACUGGAAAAACAAGAGGCUGGCAUCGCAGCCGCUCCUGCAAGGGCUGUAUCGGCGGUCAAGAAUAUGAACAUCCCACAACAAAUAAAAGACAUGAAGCUUCCAGACCUUCCUCAGGCAAUCAAAGACCUCAAGUUCUGACCGAGGGGUGAUCAGGGUGUCAGUAGCUGACACGGCAGUAGAUCAGGACGUAGUGCUGCGGCAGAUGAAGGUGAGGAGAUGGCUCUGUCAAAACACGCCCAGUAUUCUUAGAUAGCACCAGCGUACAUCCUGUCGCCUACCACAGGUGUAAGAUAUGAGUUGCUAUUCAUUAUUAAAGUUUGCACCAAUAUCACCGGCAAAAUUCCAGUGCUGAUAUCAGUGAUUUAUAAUGGAAACAAUACAAUGUCCAAUGUAAAUAUAAGAAGAAAUGAGCAGUUACAUCUGUCAUUAAAUAAAGUUCUCAUCCUUACACAUUUAUUUUAAAAUAAUAUAUGUAUAAAAUGUUACAGUAAAGGCUGAAUUAAUAACAUUUAAUAACAGUAAAAUUUAAAAUGAAAUUGGAUUCUUGCUGUCUCAUUUUGAAGUACACAGAUUUUGCAGGUGAAUUAUUUGUGAUACUGGUUUUGUUAUUUGUCUUUGUUAUGCAAUAAAUGCAAGAGGAACAUUAAUCAAA